CAAACUGCCCCUGACAUUUAGACUCCGCCCCCCGCCCCUCCGCCUGCAGCUGAGAGCAGGGCGGCCGAAUGAAAGCUCCCCAGCUCCCCGAAGCGUAUCAUCCUUACCUGGGCUCAGAGAACCGCAGCGCGCCGAAGAACACCGACGUAUUGUUUCGUGCGUGCGCCGCGUCCGGUGCACAGGAUGUCUGUUGCAUGGAGUUUACAAUUCUGAAGACACUUUUUUUCUUUUCUAUCUUUUCCGCCAAAGCUCUCUUCGCUACUUUAUCCUCGCUCCGGAUUUAAGCCGCUAAGAGGCAUUGGACUCCCCGUGGACGCGAGGCGCCCUCGGUUCGGCGUGUUCUGGCCGUUUCUCGCACCUGGAAACAUGGAAGAAGCUUCUGGUGUUUGGAGCUGGGAGCCCUCGAAGUGCAUGGCCAUGUAGCCCCAAAGGAAAUGGCCUGAUGCUGCGGACGCCACAGCUGACAUUAAUCCGACAUUUUCCACCCUGGCUCGUCUGGAAAUCUCAGAGUAGAGUUUGCUAAGUUUCUCUGCCCAAGCCCCUCUUCUAAAGAUGGAUCUGUGGCUGUCGGUCCACACCGGUUCCGGUGCCUGCGCCGACUGUUGGAAGCCUCAGAGUGGCUGCUGGUGAGGGACCCCCUCCCCAACAGGCCCAGGAUGCCAGGAUGCCCAUCACUCAGGACAACGCCCUGAGCAUCCUUCCACUGCUGGAGAACUGGCGCGGGGCUCAGAGCGCGAGAUCACAGCAGGACCACAACCUGAAUCGAGACAAUUCCAGCUGCAAGCAGGUGGAUCAGGACUCCUACCAGAAUGGAGAAGGGGACAGCGUGUGCAGCAGCAGCAGCGUCAACAGUGUCAAUGUGGAGGACAUGUCCCUGUGUCUGCCUGCCAUCCAGAAGCUGAUGGAGUACAUCAAGUUCAACUUCAUGGAGGGUGACACAGCUCCGCCGGGCAGCCCGUCCUCCUGCAGGGAGGGGCUGGACGUCGAGGUCCACGCCGUGUCGCUCAGCAAAGAUGAGGCCGACGCCGCCGAGUUUGGCCUCAGCUUCGGGAACAUCCCCAUUUUUGGGGACCCUGACGGGAGAAAGAAGGGCGGCCCAAGGAGGAGGAGGGACCAGGGCCCCAUCAUGGAUGUGGGCUGCAUCUGGGUGACAGAGGUGAGGAAGAGGAGCCCGGCGGCCCACUGCGGGGGGAUCAAACUGAGAGAUGAACUGCUGUCACUCAACGGGCAGCUGAUGGUGGGAGUAGAUGUCAGUGGAGCCAGUUACCUGGCCGACCAGUGCUGGAAUGGAGGCUGUAUCUACCUGAUCAUGCUGCGCCGCGUCAAGCGGAAGGCUCCCCUGCCUCCCUGCAACGCCAACGGCAGCAUCGGCACCGCUGUCGUUGCCGACCGCUGCGAAGACCCGCCGCAGUACGGAGCCGCCCCCGAGCCCUCCGACCGCUCGACGAACGGCAAACGCACGCGGAAGUUUGGCGUGAUAUCGCGGUCGUCCUCCAACCGGGACAACCGGGACGGCGGCGGCACCUCCGAAUUAAAGAGCUCUUACCACGGCUGCAACGGCUCCUCCGUUUCCACCGACGCAGAGGUCUGUCCUCCUCGAGGAGACGGAGACGGUCCUCCUCGAGGAGACGGAGACGGUCCUCCUCGAGGAGACGCAGAGGUCUGUCCUCCUCGAGGAGACGGAGACGGUCCUCCUCGAGGAGACUCCGUGCGCACACCGCCAGGGGAGAGCCCGGACGCCUCUCUCCUGGUGAGAACUGCUCCCCAGCGUCCACGCGGCGCCACCCUGCCCUCCAGGUGUCACAGUCAGCUGCUGGAAUGCAAUACGGAAUCUUUCAGCAGUGAAUCUUCAAGCCAGCCCAGAGAGGGCAGCUACAUCUGGAAGAUGCACUUGGUGAAGGGCGAUGAGGGCCUGGGCAUCCAGAUCACGGGGGGGCGUGGCUCCAAGCGCUCCCCUCACGGCAUCAUUAUAGCUCACGUGGAGAAGGCGGGCGCCAUUCACAGGGACGGUCGUCUUCAUGCUGGCGAUGAGUUGCUGAUGAUUAACGGUCAGUCUCUGGUGGGUCUCACCCAUCAGGAGGCUGUUGCUAUCCUCCGCUCAACCACUGGUCUGGUCCAGCUGGUGGUGGCCAGCAGGGAGGAAUCAGACACCUCUGACUGCAGCCCCAAUUCUCACAACCCCUAUCUGUUGACUAACUUGGAGAAACUAGAAGGACAAAGUCAGGGAGAGGCACCCAAAGGAUCCUGCUGCAGCCCCGCGCCGAUGAAGCUCGGCAGUCGAUCUCAGGGGGGGAGCAGUCGCCUGGAGUCGGUGGGUGAGGACGACGAGCUGUUCGUGGAGAACGGAGUGAGCAGCUGUGAAGUGGCGGAGAAGCCUCCGCCCGGUCGCCGCAAACACUCCUUACCUCAACAGCUGGACACCGCUGGAGUGAGACAGGAAUAUCAGAUCAUUAAGAAAUCCGCCCGCUCCCUGAGCACCAUUCAAGUGGAGUCUCCAUGGCGACUGGCGCAGCCGUCCAUUAUCUCCAGCAUAGUGCUGAUGAAAGGCCAGGGCAAGGGCCUAGGAUUCAGUAUUGUUGGUGGGCAGGACUCGGCUCGCGGUCAGAUGGGGAUUUUUGUCAAAACCAUUUUCCCUCACGGAGCUGCAGCAGCCGACGGGCGACUGAACGAGGGGGAUGAGAUCCUGGAAGUGAACGGGGAGUCUCUCCAAGGACUCACGCACCAGCAGGCCAUCCAGACCUUCAAGCAGCUGAAGAAAGGUGUGGUGACGCUGACGAUCCGAACCCGCCUGCGCAGUCCCAGCCUGACCCCCUGUCCCACCCCCACCCUCCUCAGCCGCUCCAACUCGCCCAACUCCAACACCAGCGGGGGAACACCCGUCCCCUCAGGGGGUGAGGAGGCCGACGGCCACAGGGGCCCCGGUCCUGGUCCCAAAGACUGCAUCAUCAUGGAGGUCACACUUAAUAAAGAGCCCAGUGUUGGUCUCGGGAUUGGAGUUUGCUGUCUGACCCUGGAGAACUCUGCUCCUGGCAUCUACAUCCAUAGCCUGGCACUGGGAUCUGUGUCAAAGAUGGACAGCAGACUCAGUCGUGGGGAUCAGAUACUGGAGGUGGACUCGGUCAGUCUCCGUCAUGCCGCUCUCAGCGACGCCUAUGCCAUUCUCAGUGAAUGUGGCCCUGGACCUGUCAGUCUCAUUAUCAGCAGGCACCCUAACCCCAAGGUAUCGGAACAGGAGAUGGAUCAAGUCAUAGCUCGAUCCACACUGCGCGACAAAAUUAACAAAAACAGACCUUCAUCUCACCCCCAAGGUCCGUCCUGUAAGAGCCCCUACCCGACGCUGAAGGACAGGCAGGGAGAUGGCUCCCCUGCUCUCAGCUGGACCAUGAAGAGGUUCCUUGAGCCCGCCAGUAGACAGGGGUCUCUGAGCUCAGAGACAGAGUUGUCUCAGUACUUCUCCCAGGACGUUUCCAGCCACUCCUUCUCCUCCGAAUCCGUGCUCAUGGGCUCCACCAGCGAUGAGGCGCUCCACCAGCGGAGCUGCAGCACUUCCAUGGAUGACAACUCAUCACGGCCACUUGAAGUGGCUAGCGGCCCGGUGCACAACGCACAAGGCACGACCCCAGUUCCUGCCAGUCACCGAGUGGUGGCAGUUUGCCAGCCCGUCGCCGCCUCUAGCCCCGCCUCCGUAAGAAGCCCGCUUCUCCGCCAGCGGCGGCUGAUGUGCUUCGAGGACGAGCUCAGCGACGAGGACGACGACAACGGCGGAAACGCCGGGCUCUUCCGCGGGCCAACAAAGCCGAACUCUGUUAACUUCAGCCGGGCCCAAGCAUCCAAAAAUCUUAAAAGUGAUUCAGCAGUUGUGAGUGCUACGUCGUCGUUGGAUAUAAAUGGAAACGGUGACGAUGGGGAUUUGCAGAGGCGCGGAAGCCUUGGUGGGAAAACGCCACUCUGUGGUAGUUUCUCACAGUGUGAGCAAGGUAUCGCCAAUAAGUCAGAGUCCCCGGGUUCCGAGUCGCCCCUCAUGCACAUCCGUAAAGCAGGGGGCGCGAGUGGUUUGGGCUCCGGGCCCAGCAAUUUGACCAUCAAUAGUGAGAACUAUACAAAUCAAGAGGACGGGCAGUUGGAGUCAAAGCGCUCCCCCAAGCUGGAGCAUAAAGCAGUGACGCGGGUGAAAAGUAUGAUGAGCAUCGAAGCGCCAAACCUGCCCCAGCAGCAAAAGCCCAAAGCGGAGGAGCCCUCUCCAGGCCCGGCCCAGCCCCCUUCCCAAGCCACCCAGUCUGGCAGAAACCCCAAGAUACCCCAUCCGGUCUGCAAGAAGGGAGAUGCCAGUGAGCUUGUGGGUGUCUGUACCAUCGACACCGUGACCUUGAGGAGAAGUGAGGACGAGUCGUUCGGUCUCGACCUGGAGAUCACGUCAUCCCCUCUGAAAGUUGUUGUGGUUGGGCUGAAGCCUGGAGGUGCAGCAGAAAGGGAAACUACGGGAAGCCUGUGUCCUGGAGAUGAGCUUGUCAAAAUUGGGGAGAUGUCGGUGCGCUCCUCUACUUACCACGAAAUCUGUGAGCUCAUGCACAACCUCCCUGUGACACUGUCCUUGGAAAUUAAGAGACCGGUUUCAGCUGUAGAUCGACUGUCCAGUUUGAUAAUGUCAUCAGGGAGCAGUGACGGAGCCCCUACACUGAACCCACCUAGAUCUGUUCAGGGGACAUCUGAUGAAGGACAAGUAAUAGGUGCACAUUUUGACAAUUCCAACCACACAACCCAAACAGACGUUCAAAUACCAAUCACCAAUAUAGAUGACAUUUUAUCAGAAGUGAGCCUCUGCAGUGCUCAAAAUACACACACUAGUUCUCCCUACAAAACAUUAUCUAAUGAGCCUGUAUCCUGCCAUGCAAGCCAGCACAUAGUAACCCAGUGUGAGAAAGCCGGCACGCAGGUUCCAAUACUGGACUAUUCCAUCUCGGAUGCAGGACUUGAAAAAGGUGCAAUGCCCCCUCUGGAGACAAACGGCUCUGCUGUUUUCAAUGGAUCACACCCCGAAGGGCCUAAUGCUGGUUCUAAGUCUAUGUACCCCAUGGAAGAUGACAGUGAUUCAAACAGUAACUCCUCCACUGACAGCAGUGUACUGGUCAAUACGAUUGUCGGUAGUGGUGGCAGUCUUCAUGAGUCCUCCUCAGAUGAGGAGGCAGUGGAGUUAUGUUUGUGUGAUGGCCGGCAACCUGCUGCUGGAGAAAUAUCUCAUUCAAGCCAGUCAGCGAAUGGGUCCCCAUCUUUUCAGCAUGCCAGCAGUCAAAACACAAAACUGGAACACACCCCUCCGCUCUCCGCUGAUGUCUUACCGACAAACAAUGAAGACUCUGUUACAACAACCCAAUACUCGCAGCUAUCUCUAUCUCAUUUAUUUGGGGUCUCCUCUCCAGUGCAACAAUGCCAGUCUUCCAACAGUACAAUACCUGUGAACUCCUUAGAGUGCCACACUGAUGGUGCCAUUGAACCCUGUGAUGACAAAGUUCAAGCAUGUGUGACAGCCAGUCCCGGAGGCACUUCUCCACCAGAUACCCACAGUGUCACUAAGGGUACUACUACUACAAAUGUGCAUGCAGAUCCCUCGCUGUCCUCAACUUUAUUGAAGCACUUGAAUACACAAACACUACAUUUACCUUCAAUGGAGUCAGAGACCUCAGGUUCAAGCAUCGGCCAAUUGGACACGAGAGUGUCAGCGUCAAUGACGAGCAAAGAAAAAGCUUUGGAGUGUAGAACUAAUUUAAACCUCCAUGCUAUCUCCGUGCUUAAGAAGAGCUCUGGACUAAAACUUCUUGAUGGUAUAGACUAUCCCGUUUGGAGCAGUAGCUUCAAACUGCAGGUUGAAACUCAAAUCAGACUAAACACAAAUGUUCCCAAAUUGAAGGGCCUUACUAUCAAGAGUAGGAACACACCACAGGAGGAGCCGACCGGUAUGGAAAGUCCCGUCUCCUUAAACAAGUCUCCAAAAUCCCCAUCAAGGUCAACGUCCAGCUCUUUGAAAACCAAGACCCAAUGCCUUGAUUUGCCCAAAGUAAUUGACAGAAGGCAAACUACAGCUGAGCCUGGGCCUUCAGGUAGCACAUCACAAACAGUGCAACUGGCCAAAGAGAUCCAUUUAAGCUCCAAAGCGCCAGCCAAAUCACAGAGCCAAUCACACACAACUGCCACUCAGAGGACAUUUAUAGAAGUUCGACUGUCUUCCCUUUCUGGUUCUUCACCACUCGUUACGGCACACAAAGAAACAGUGAAUUCAGAAGACUCUAAACCCACUCAAAGAGGCACACAUGCAGGAUUAGCACCCAAGGGGUCUCCUGCCAACUCCACAGCAGAAAGAUCUAACGGCACGGUCAGUAAGACGGUAUUUAGUUCAAUGUGUUCUGCCAAAGAAACUGAUUCAACCACAUGUAAUGGUUCAAAACCUACGAGUGAGGCCCUAAAGUCCAGCAUGUCCAGACUGUACAUGAAGACGAUGGAAAGGCGAAGUCUCCCCACGGACACCGCCUUGUCUGCAGGCUAUAAUCCUUUCUCUGUCCGACACAAGAUAAAGUCCUUUGAAAACCUGGCUAACUUUGACAAGCCGGUGGCUAAAAGCAGUGACAUUCAGUCGUACGCACUGGCGUACAGAGCCUCGCUCAACCAAAGGAUUGCCGGUUACAUGGGCUUGGUCAAUUCUAUCGACUGCCGGUCACGGCAAAGGAGUUUUAGUUCUUAUGUGGAGAACCUGAUCCCCAGUACGCGCUGUUCACCUCUCCUCAGUACAUCUCCAUCCAGCAUUACACUGAUCAACCUUGAGCUCCCACGUUCGAGCUGUGACGCGGUUCCCCCGACGGAGGGGCUCAAAGCUCCGGAUGGGACGGCACCACAGACCCCUCAGGUGCUGCGCAGGAAACACGGCAAACUUCCCCGAAGCAGGUUGCGGCAGCUCAGGGCUCUCAGCAUGCCUGAAUUGGAAAAAUUAUGCACCGAGGACUUUACCAAAGACCAUGGUACGGCCGUGGAUACAACUGAGCCUGGCAGCGAUGCCAUCAUACUCAAGAAAGCCACAGCGGCCAAGAGCUCUCCAGCUUCUGCAAGCCGGACUAAAGUGGAUGUGAACAGGGACAGCGGAGGUGAUGUUGGAUCCACUGAAGAUACUCCUCAGGGAACCCCAGAGACCCAUGGUCAACAGCCUGGCUGGGCAAUCAGUUUCAAGGAGCUGGCUUCUUCUCCCGUGAGUCAGAGUAAGCUGCAAACCCUGCUGUCCUCCCCGGCGCUCCAAUCGUACGCGGCGGCCCUGCUCCAGGAGGCCGAGGCGCUCUCAGAGGUUAACGGUCAUACUCACCUCGUGGUCCUGAGCAAAGAGGAAGGCUCGGGGCUUGGCUUUAGUGUUGCCGGUGGAGUCGACCUCGAGCAGAAGGCGAUCACUGUCCAUCGGGUCUUCACCAAAGGGACCGCGAGCCUCGAGGGCACAAUCCAGAGAGGGGACAGCAUUUUAUCCAUAAACGGCACAAGUCUUGGGGGGAAGACGCACGGAGAGGUGGUCUCUUGCCUCCAUCAAGCCAGGCUGUCCAGUCAAGCUUUAGUAGUCAUCUGGAGGGACGAGGACAGUGAACUGGGCGUCUGCGACACACACGACUCGGCCGGACGGCCUAAGAGGACGUGUUCCGCCAAAAAGAAGUCUUCGGGAGCUGGAACAGUGGUGGAUGUGGGUCCAGACGGUGCCUUAACGGUGGAGCUCCACAAGUCCUCUGCUGGCCUGGGUUUCAGUCUGGAAGGGGGGAAGUCCUCGUCUCACGGUGACAGGCCUCUCAUCAUCAAACGCAUCUUUAAAGGAGGCGCCGCAGAGCUGUCCGGGUUAAUCGAAGUUGGCGAUGAAGUGCUGUCCAUCAACGGCUGUUCUCUGGAGGGCCUCAUGCACCACGAUGCCUGGAAAAUCAUCAAAGCCAGUGACGAAGGGCCCAACCACCUCCUCCUCCGCAAGGCGAGGAACCUGACUGUAAUGAACAAGGAAAUGGAAAGCUGCUGACGGACCAAUGGGAACGCCCUCUGGUACAGGGCUGGACGAGCAGUAGCAAUCUGAGAGCUUUUUACAGGUUUUCUGAUGGCCUUUAUUUUACAUUUUGUGUUCCGUCUUGUUACAUGUGUUUGUAUGUAGAAAUAGCCCACAUUUGAUGGACCACUAACUAUUGUGGUUUACAUUGCUGAAUCAUGAUCUAUUUCAGACGGGAGGUGCAGUUUGUUUACAAUAGAAUCACUUUGGAAUACUAAAGAAUUUCUUUUUCUUUUCUUUUUUUUAAAUAAAGUCAGUAUGUGAACAUA